UGCCAAUCAGUCAUUUUGCCGCCGAAGUUUCCAUGUAUUUUGCUUAAACUUUUCAAGUUUGGCUCAUUGGCUGGUUGCCAUGGUUGCCUUGUUGAGUUGAGCCCCACCUCUCGUCUCGCUUGCAGAGUUGCAGGACAACUCAGCACGGGAGUUUUGCCCUGUGCCAGCUUCCGCUUCCGGGCCGCCUCGGCCUCUCCCGGAGCCCGGGAAGAACGGGGGUUUCUUUUCUUUUCGCAUUCACCGCCGUAGCAACGGCCGUCGCCGCCGUGGGCGUGAUAAGAUGAAUGAGGAGGUGGUGUCCGCCGGCUCACCGCUGAAGGCCUCCUCCUCGCCCCCACCGUUGUGCUCCUUCGGAAUAUGGUCGGAUCAGCGUAAGUCCCCUAGAUUGCCUUGGUGGAAGCAGCAGUUCAUCUCUGAGUCGGAGGAGGACGACGACGAGGUGAUGCCGCCGGCGUCACACGUGGUGGAGGACAGCGACGAGGGGGAGGAGGAAGAGGACGAUGAUGAUGAUGAUGAUGAUGAUGAGAAGGUGGUGCCGCCGCCGACGCCGACGCCGCCGCCGCCGCAGGCUCCAGAAGAAGAAGAAGAAGAAGCUCGAGCACUGCGGCGGAGCCUGCUGAGCCUGAUCCACAUCGACUACAUCGAGGCCAUCCGGCGGCUCCCCGCCGCCGACCUCCGGACCGCGCUCGCGCGGGGCGUCCUCGUCGGCGGCCACUGCUACGGGCCCCUCCACCACCCCGCCGACAACAUCCUCCUCAACUCCAUCUGGUACGCCGCCGCGUUCCCCCUCCACGCCGACGACCGGAUCGACGUCGCCGUCAUCACCGCCAACUCCCUAAGCCGCGCCGUGCAGCGCUCCCUCGACGGGCUCGUCGCCUCCCUGCGCCACCGCCGCCCCGACCUCUCCCGCGACGACGCGCUCCGGCACCUCCGCGCCGACCUCCGCGCCGCCGUCGCAUCCGCACGCGGCUCUCCACCACCACCACUACCCGCGGAAUCGGACUCGGAGGCUGAAGCCGCCGCGUAUCGGGCGGCUCAGCACCCAAAACCUGCUGCUCUGGCUCACUUCUUGGCCACCGUGCUGCCCGCCGUGGUGACCGACGCGGCGUCGGUGCUCGCCGGCAAGCCCAGCCUCUCCUCAUCCGACAUCGCGCGCGUCUCCGCCAUGCUGGCGCCUUCACCGCUACCAGAUGAGCCGCCACAGCCUCCUCUCCGAGAGCGGAGUCCAAAGAUCAUCCGGAUCAUCAAUGACAGGAGGAACAACCUCAGAGGCUGGUACAAGAUCCUGCUCCAAUUGGCGAAUGCAGCGCUGCGCAAGUAUGCCCAGCAAACUGGGGAAGAAUAUGAGCUUCAUACCAUCUAUGGUGAAACCUUCCUCAAGGAUCGCAACGAGCGUGCUGAGUAUAUCCACAUCAAUUUCAUGGCUUCUCCCUCCAGCUGCCAGUGCCUGCAAGCUUCUCCAGUCUGCUUCUUUGCUGAAGUUCUUCGUCCACCACGCUUUAAGUAUCAUGAAGCCGACAUCACUUUGUGCUGCAUAGUGCGACCGUCGCCAAAUGAUGCCGAUAGUUGCCAUGGUUGUCUUAUCGAGAACCACAGAAUUGAUCACCCGGAAGCUGGCAUGCGUUUUUGUGGGAAGAAGCAUAGCAAGAUGGAUCCAAAUGGCUAUGGCCAUGGCUGGGAUUGGCCAAGCAUAGCUGACGUCGAAUACAGGUUUUUUGAUCCUGACAAGGACGUCGGACUUGUUGAGUACUUGGAUGGAGUUAUAACCGAUAUCAAAGCACGUAUCAGAGACCUAUCUAUCAGGGAUGAAGACGACAGUGACGAGGACAGUAGCGAUGAUGAUAUCUCCGGCUAUUCCAUGAGAUUUGUCUGAUGUUGUGAUGCUCUAACUUGCAGUACUAUUCUUCACCUACAACUUUCUCGAACAGUUAUUUACUUACGUAUAAAUGUUUGAAACUACAGAGCUAGCUUAACGUUGGUGUUAUUAUUCUGAAAUAUUCUGUGGCAAGUAUGACAUAAUGCACGAUUGGUAGUUUUGGUUGUUUAGUGUAACUUUUGCAAAUCGUAUGUUGGCAAACGAGACCCAAGAUUCGGAGGCUGAAGCCCCGCGUUUCGGGCGGCUGCCGAGGCGGCUCAACACCCAAAACCUGCUGCCAUGGCGCACUUCUUGGCCACCGUGGAGCGCGACGCGGUGUCGGUGGUCGCCGGCAACAGCGUGCUCUCCUCGGCCAACAUUGCGCGCCUCUCCGCCAUGCUGGCACCUUCGCCGCUACCGGAUGAUCCGCCGCAGCCUCCUCUCCGGGAGCGGAGACCAAAGAUCAUCAGAAUCAUCAAUGACAGGAGGAACAACAUCAGGAGAUGCUACAAGGGCUUGCUUGAGAUGGCAGAUGCCGCGCUGCGCAAGUAUGCACACCAAACCGGGGAACAAUAUGAACUUCACACCAUCUAUGGCGAGACCUUCCGUAAGGAUUAUGAGGAGUUCCAUGUGUAUGUCCAUAUGAACUUCAUGGCUUCUUCGUCUAGCUACAAGGCCCUGCAGGCUCCUCAACCUGUCUGCUUCUUUGCUGAAGCGCUUCGCCCGCCUCGCCCUGGCUAUCAUGAAGACGACAUCACCUUGUGUUCCAUUGUGCAACCAUCACCAACUGACAUCGAUAGUUGCCAUGGUUCUCUUGCAAAUAACCACAGAAUUGAUCAUCCGGAGGCUGGCAUGCACUUCGUUGGGAAGCACAACAAGAUGGAUGGAAGUGACUAUGACUGGGAUUGGCCACACACAGCUGAUGUCUAUUACAGGUUUUUUGAUCCUGACAGGGAUGUUGGCCUUGUGGAGCACUUGUAUAAAGUUAUAACCCGUUUUAGUGCCCUGUAUGGCGGAUCCACGGAUGAAGAUGACAAUGAAGAUAUCACUCGUUAAUCCA